GCACUGGCAAAAACACAAACACAGCAAACACAAACAAACAAACACAGCAAACGCAGACACUCGACUGCCACUGCCCAUCCAUCGAUCCAACAUGACCAUCUCCUCCUCCUCCUCGUCCACACCGUUCUGGGGCCACCCAACAUCGACGUUGGACUGGUGCGAGGAGAACUACACGCUGCUGCCGUACGUUGCCGAGUUCUGGAACACGCUCAGCAACCUCGCCAUCAUUGUGCCGUGCUUGGUGGGCCUUUACAACUGCGCGAUCGCUGGCCUCGAGCGCAGGUUUGUGCUGUCGUUCCUGGGCCUCUUGGGCGUGGGCAUCGGAUCAUGGCUGUUCCACAUGACCUUGCUCUGGCACUACCAGCUGGUGGAUGAGCUCAGCAUGAUCUACGCCUCGUGCAUCUUCCUGUACUGCAUCGUGGACUCCCGAUACACCACUGGGCUGCACGGCCUGGGCCUGGUCACGGGGCUGGUGCUCUACGCCGUCCUCGUCACCUACAUGUACCUGCAUAACAAGAACGCCGUGUUCCAUGAGACCGCUUACGGUAUCCAGGUUGCUGGCAUCAUGUUCCUCUCCUACUUGAAGAGCCGCACUGCUCCGCCGCGCAUUCGCAUCUUGUUUCCGGUCGCCAUCACGAUGUACCUUUCCGCCUUUGCGCUGUGGAACGUGGACAACCACCUGUGCGGACACCUGCAGCUGCUUCGGGCAUACCUCGGCGUGUUUGCCCCCGUCAUCGAGCUGCAUGCAUGGUGGCACAUUGGCGUGGGAAUCGGUAGCUACCUGUACGUCGUGUUUAGCAUCGCCACGCGCAUGCGCGAACUCAACCAGCGCGUGGCGCUCACCACUUUUGCCGGCCUUCCCAUCAUCGCCCCAAACAAGACACCCCACAGCAAGACCAGCAAUGGCAAGGACAUCUAAAGCACAUCGCGUCACAUGUGUGUGUGUGUCUAUCUGUGUUCUGUACCUGUGUCUGCACGUGUGUGUGUGUGUGUGUAUCUGUGUCUGUGUGUGUGGCUGCAGACUGUUCACCGAUUCGUAUGGCUUCUCUCCUCCCCCCUCCUUGCCUUGUCUUGUCACAUGUCACAUCACGCUGCUUCCACUAUCCCUUGUAAGUUACUGCUUUUCGUAUUCAGCUGCGCUUUGGCUGACUUACUCUCCGCCAGUUACAUUCCUCCUUUCUCCCUUGACAAUAAAUAAACAGCUGUGCGUA